AUGGAGGGGAAUGCCGAAAUGGAGAUGCUGAGGACACUGAAGGGGCCCUCCACAGGAGAGGUCAACGUGCACCUGGUGGCCAGAGACAGUCCAGGUUCCAGCUCUCACCUGCCGGCUACUGCCUUCAUCAUCCCAGCCGGCUCGGCCACCCUUGGCCUGCCCAGCAGUGCCCUGGAUGUUUCCUGUUUUCCGCGGGAGACGAUCCAUGUGGGCGCUCCGGAGCGAGUGGCCGGCAGCGUCCCUGUCACGGCCACCGUUCUGCCGCAGUUAAGCGCGGCGCCUGCGGCCAGCUCCAGCGCCACCACCGUGCGGCUCCUGGAGUGGACGGAGGCUGCGGCCCCGCCUCCUGGGAGCGGCCUACGGUUCCGGAUAAGCGAGUACGCACCACUGAACAUGGUAGGAGCGGAGCAGCCCCCGAGCCCCGAGCUACGGCCCGAAGGUGUGGCCGAAUAUGAAGAUGGCGAGGCCCCGGCGGGAGGUGGCGAUGCGGGCACCCAACAGCCGGCGGACCUCCCCCAGGAUCCUCCAGAAGAUCCCCCCCAGGAUCCCCCAGAAGAUGAUGGUGCUUGUCAGUGCCAGGAGUGUGGACCUCAGCAAAGCGUGGGUCCAGAUCCUGCUGGUUCCUCCAAUGAUGACUGCCCGCCACUGUUCCAAGAGCGGUCGGUCAUAGUGGAGAACUCCUCAGGCCAGAACUCCUGCACCAGUGCUUCUGAGCUUCUCAAACCCAUGAAGAAGAGGAAGCGCCGGGAAUACCACAGCCGGUCAGAGGAGGAGUCAGAGCCUGAGGCCUUGGAGAAGCAAGAAGAAGGAAAGGAUCCAGAGGGCCGACCCACUGCUUGCACCCCAGAAAGUGAGGAGUGGAACAGCCAGCCUGCAUCAGGGGAGAAGAAGGAAGGCUGGUCAUGGGAGUCCUACCUCGAGGAGCAGAAGGCUGUCACUGCCCCUGCCAGCCUCUUCCAGGACUACCAGGCAGUCACUCAUAAUAAGAAUGGCUUCAGACCGGGCAUGAAGUUGGAAGGCAUCGACCCUCAACACCCGUCCAUGUACUUCAUCCUCACCGUGGCCGAGGUGUGUGGCUACCGCCUACGUCUGCACUUUGAUGGGUAUUCUGAGUGCCAUGACUUCUGGAUCAAUGCCAACUCCCCUGACAUUCACCCCGCUGGCUGGUUUGAGAAGACUGGGCACAAGCUGCAGCCCCCCAAAGGUUACAAGGAGGAGGAGUUCAGCUGGAGCCAGUACCUGCGCAGCACCCGAGCUCAGGCCGCCCCCAAGCACCUGUUUGCCAGCCAGAGCCACAGCCCCCCACCCCUGGGCUUCCAGGUGGGCAUGAAGCUGGAGGCGGUGGACCGCAUGAACCCGUCCCUCAUCUGUGUGGCCAGCGUGACCGAUGUGGUGGACAGCCGCUUCCUAGUGCACUUUGACAACUGGGAUGAUACUUACGACUACUGGUGUGACCCCGGCAGUCCCUACAUCCACCCGGUGGGCUGGUGCCAGAAGCAAGGAAAGCCCCUCACCCCUCCACAAGACUAUCCAGACCCUGAUGGCUUCUGUUGGGAGAAAUAUCUGGAAGAAACUGGGGCCUCUGCUGUGCCCACCUGGGCCUUCAAGGUGCGGCCCCCACACAGCUUCCUGGUCAACAUGAAACUGGAAGCCGUGGACCGCAGGAACCCAGCCCUGGUGCGCGUAGCCAGCGUGGAGGAUGUGGAGGACCAUCGGAUAAAGCUCCACUUUGAUGGCUGGAGUCACGCCUAUGACUUCUGGAUUGACGCCGACCACCCGGACAUCCACCCCGCGGGCUGGUGCUCCAAGACAGGGCAUCCCCUGCAGCCUCCUCUCCGACCCAGAGAGCCCAGCUCUGCCUCCCCUGGGGGCUGUCCCCCUCUCAGCUGUCGGAGCCUGCCACACACUAGGACCUCCAAGUACAGCUUCCACCACCGGAAGUGCCCCACUCCUGGUUGUGAUGGUUCCGGCCACGUCACAGGCAAGUUUACAGCUCACCACUGCCUCUCGGGCUGCCCACUGGCUGAGAGGAACCAGAGUCGGCUGAAGGCGGAGUUCUCCGACACAGAGGCCUCGGCCCGUAAGAGGAACCUCGCGGGCUUCUCCCUAAGGAAGAAGCCUCGCCAUCACGGCCGGAUUGGCCGUCCUCCAAAGUAUCGGAAGAUCCCGCAAGAAGAUUUCUCGACGCUAGCCGCCGACGCCAUGCACCAGUCCCUCUUCCUGUCGGCCCUGUCGGCCCACCCGGACCGCUCGCUGUCCGUGUGCUGGGAGCAGCACUGCAAGCUCCUGCCGGGAGUGGCGGGCAUCUCGGCCUCGACGGUUGCCAAGUGGACCAUUGACGAGAUGAUUGACGGCGAGGCCUUCCUUUUGCUGACACAGGCGGACAUUGUGAAGAUCAUGAGCGUCAAGCUGGGUCCAGCCUUGAAGAUCUAUAACGCCAUUCUCAUGUUCAAAAACGCCGAUGACACCUUAAAGUGAGUG